CCCACAGCAGCCCCGGCAGCCUAGCGGCGCGGACGCUCCCGCUGGCCCCCGGCUGGAGUCCCCAGGCCCGCGCGUGGAGGAGCUGGUCCCGGGGACAACAUGGUGACGGCCCCCAGCGUCCUCGUCCUCUCUCUGCUGCUGCUCCUGACGUCCGUGCCCGCGGGCGCCCACUCCAUGUUCCUGGAGGACGUGGUGGGCAGUGGAGAGGCCGAGGGCUCAUCAGCCUCUUCCCCGAGCCUGCCGCCGCCCCGGACCCCGGCACUCAGCCCCACGUCACUGGGACCCCAGCCCACGCCCCUGGCCGGCCCCUCCGCCCCCACCAGCCUCCUGGACGGCAUUGUGGACUUCUUCCGCCAGUACGUGCUGCUCAUCGCCGUGGUGGGCUCCCUGGCCUUCCUGCUGCUCUUUGUCGUGUGUGCCGCCCUCAUCACACGCCAGCAGCACAAGGCCUCGGCCUACUACCCGUCCUCCUUCCCCAAGAAGAAGUACGUGGACCAGAGUGACCGCGCGGGGGGGCCGCGCGCCUUCAGCGAGGUCCCCGACAGGGCUCCGGACAGCCGGCCCGAGGAGGCCUUGGACUCCUCCCAGCAGCUCCAGGCUGACAUCCUGGCUGCCACCCAGAACCUCAAGUCUCCGGCCAGGGUGGCCCCGGGCAGCAGGGAGGGAGCCAGGCUGGUGGAAGGCAGAGCAAAGGAGGAGGAGAAGGAGGAGGUGAACGAGGAGGUGGAACAAGGAAGCCAGCAGGUGCACCUGGAAGCCCAGGGACAUGGGGUCCCAGCUGAGAAACCAGAGGCGGAGGAGGAGCUGUGCGUGGGGGUAGCCGGGAGCGCCGUGGCAGCCAGCGAGGGCCAAGGGGAGCCGGAAGAGUCGCUCUCGCUAGCGCAGGAGGCAUCCAUGGGCCCCCCUGGAAGCCCCUGUGCUUGCAGCACCAUCUCCCCCAGUGUCUAACAGCCCCCAGGGCUGCUGGCCCGGCUGGCAGAGCCCUGGGGCAUGCAAAGGCCUUCAGUCCUGCCUGCUGCUCCCUGUCCCUUCCUGUCCCGUCCUGCAGCGGGUGGAAUGCUGGUCUCUGGGCUACCCCAGGAGUCUCACCGAGGGCCUGCAGCCCCGGGGGCACAGCUCCUCCCAGGAGGUAGAGGAGGCCUUGUUAGAGCGAGGACUGGCCGUGCCCGCCAGUCCUCCAGAGGGCGUGGUCGUUGCUGCUUUCCGUCCAGCUGGCAAAGAAAAUCCGUGUCACCGGGAGUUUGGGAGAAGGUCCAGCGAAUGCAGUCCAGCCCCAAAUUCAAACGGUGUCAUCCUUGGCCCUGGCAUGCCCGUGUCCCUCUGCCUCUUCUUCCGCCGGAAGUGGACCUGGCUGGCCAGUUAGGGAGAUUCUGGGAGGAACCCCUGGGCUCCCCAGUGGAAGCAAGAUCAAGGUCAAGGCGUCUCAGGAACAGCACCCCAGCCCCCCAGGGCUCUGCCACGUCCGGAAGCGCAGGCUCUGGUCGACUCUGGCUUUGUUUAGUCUUUGCCAAACUUUUAAAAUUAGCCACAGCGGGGAAUCUGGCCCUGCCCAUGCGGCAAAGCCCGGCUCUUAACCAUCCCAAAGGCACCCCCGGUUUCUCGUGGGUCCAGGUUAGGGCGUGGGGGGCAGGGGGCAGGGUCUCUUGAGGACAGGGCUGUGUUUGAGGGGCCCGCACCCUGGGGAGGGUCUCUGACGCCCGGCCCGGGGCAGGGGGCCUGGCUGCCCCCUGUGCUCACACGCGUGAGCUGGCAGCCACCUUCAGUCGACAGGGAGCCUGGGCGCCGUCCUCACAAGGGGAGGUUCUGGGGGGGUCUUCUCCCUCAUCCCUCUGUCUGGGGUCCCCCAGUCUCUGCAUAGCCCUCUGGGCACCGAGAUAUAACCCACUGGCACAAUAAACCCUGAUUCUGG